UCAAGCAGCUGCACGCAAAUCACAGGAGAAGAAGCAAAGCGCGUAGGUGCUGCUAGCCUGCUAGUGUGACGAUGAUGAAGGGUGGUCUCCUUGUGCUCGCUGUUCUGCUCGUGGCCGCGGCGUGCGUCGCCGAGGGCGCGGGCGAGUGCGGGGCGACGCCGCCGGACAGGAUGGCGCUGAGGCUGGCGCCGUGCGCGUCGGCGGCGCAGAACCCGAGCUCCGCGCCGUCAGCCGGCUGCUGCAGCGCGGUGCGCACCAUCGGGAAGCAGAGCCGGGAGUGCCUCUGCGCCGUCAUGCUGUCCAGCACCGCCAGGAGCGCCGGGAUCAAGCCCGAGGUCGCCAUCACCAUCCCCAAGCGCUGCAACAUCGCCGACCGCCCCGUCGGCUACAAGUGCGGAGCCUACACUCUGCCAUGAGAAGUGAUGACUCCAGGGCUGAUGCAUAACAUGUCCGAAAAUUACCGAAGCACGAAGUCGUCGUGUCCGUCUGUGAUUCUGUGUCUGUGUUACCAAUAAACGAGACUUGCGAGUACCAUCCAUGUGGAACUCUAGCAUGAAUGUAUGAUGAGUGUAUCACUAGAUACGUACUCCAUGUAGUUCUGUUCAGGGUCCAGAGAUGUAGUCCUGCACUGUCGAAAUAAAAAUGGUUUUUUUCGAUAA